UCCUUUUUUUCUCUCACACAGUCACACACAUGGUAGAGAGAAAAAUGGAGGACACUCAGCAAAAGCUUCAUGCCAUUGUGGUGGCAUACCCUCUUCAAGGGCAUGUAAACCCAGCCGUUGAAUUGGCCAUGAAGCUUGCAUCAAAGGGCUUCAGCAUCACCUUCAUCAACACCCAAUCAAUCGACUACCAGAUAACCAAAGGGCGCCAACCAUGCGCAGCCGGAAAUGACAUCUUCGCCGGAGCACGUGAGUCUGGUCUCGACAUACGUUACGCCACCGUCAGCGACGGUUUUCCGGUGGGGUUGGACUUCAACUUGGAGCAGUUUGUGGAGUCUCAGCUCCAUCUCAUAUGGGGUUAUGUGGAUGAAUUGGUGGGAAAGAUAGUCAGGACGGCGAAGCCACCGGUGUCUUGCUUGGUCGGCGACACGUUCCAUCUGUGGUCGUCCACGAUUGCCAAAAAGUAUGAGCUGGUUAAUGUUUCUUUCUGGACUCAACCUGCUUUGGUAUUCAAUCUCUACUAUCACUUGGACCUUCUAAAGAGAAAUGGUCAUUUUGCUUCUAGCUGUAAUCGCACGGACAUCGUAGAUUACAUACCUGGGAUAAAGGCUAUUGAGCCAAGAGAUUUGACGUCAUAUCUUCAAGAGACCGACGUAUCAACUUGGGCCCACCAAAUCGUCGACAAGGCCUUUGAUAACGUCAAGGGAGUAGAUUUUAUCCUCUAUAACACUGUGCAAGAGCUAGAAUCUGAAACAAUCUCAGCCUUACAUCAAAAGAAGCCCUCUUUCGCAAUUGGGCCCAUUUUCCCUUCUGGCUUCACCAAGAGCAUUGUCGCCACGAGCCUCUGGUCUGAGUCAGACUGCACCCAAUGGCUCGACACUAAGCCCACUGGGUCAGUUUUGUAUGUCUCUUUCGGCAGCUUGGCCCAACUUAGUCAAGACAACAUAAUGGAGAUUGCACAUGGGCUUUGGCUCAGUGGAGUGAGUUUUAUUUGGGUGCUUCGCCGGGACAUGGUAAGUUCCGAGGAGACAUAUUCCUUACCCGUUGGAUUUGAAGAUGGUGUCAAGGAUAGAGGGUUGAUCAUGACAUGGUGCUCUCAGAUUGGAGUGAUCUCGCAUCCCUCAGUGGGAGGGUUUGUAACUCAUUGUGGUUGGAAUUCAGUGUUGGAGGGUAUAUGGUGUUCUCUUCCAUUGCUUUGUUUUCCUUUCUUUGCUGAUCAAACUACUAAUCGAAAAUUAGUGGUGGAUGAUUGGAAGAUAGGAAUCAAUCUAUGUGAUGAGAAAUCAAUCACUAGGGAUGAAGUUGCGGACAAGAUCAACCGUCUGAUGAGUAAAAAAUCAGAUAAGCGUGAUGAUACUAUUGACUACAUACCUGGCGUUCGGUCUAUCGAACCUACGGACCUGAUGUCGUAUCUUCAAGCAACAGAUGUAUCAACGGUGGUGCACCGGAUAAUCUACAAGGCAUUCAAAGACGUGAAGAAGGCUGAUUUUAUUAUCUGUAACACAGUGCAUGAGCUUGAAUCUGAAACAAUCUCAGCCCUACAUCAAAAGCAGUCCACUUAUGCAAUUGGGCCUGUUUUCCCUAAUGGGUUCACCAAGAGCACUGUGGCUACGAGCUUGUGGUCCGAGUCAGACAGCACCCAGUGGCUAGACACCAAGCCUCAUGGUUCAGUUUUGUAUGUCUCGUUUGGUAGCUAUGCUCAUACUAGUAAGCAUGACAUUGUGGAGAUAGCCCAUGGGCUUUUGCUUAGCAGAGUGAAUUUUGUUUGGGUGCUACGCCCCGACAUAGUGAGUUCGGAUGAUACUGACUUCUUACCUGUUGGAUUUGAAAAUCAGAUCAAAGAUCAAGGAUUGAUUAUGACGUGGUGUUGUCAGAUUGAUGUGAUCUCACAUCCUGCAAUUGGAGGGUUCUUGACUCAUUGUGGAUGGAAUUCGAUAUUGGAAAGUAUAUGGUGCACCCUUCCAUUGAUUUGCUUCCCUCUGUUGACGGAUCAAUUUACUAAUCGAAAAUUAGUAGUUGAUGAUUGGAAGAUUGGGAUAAAUUUAUGUGAUAGAAAAGUUGUCAGGAGAGACGAAGUAUCAAUCAAGAUCAACCGUCUGAUGCAUGAAAAAACAUCUGAGGAUUUGAGAAAUGAGAUCAGAAAGUUGAGAAAGACACUAGAGAAUGCACUAGCUGCCGAUGGAUCAUCUGAAAAGAAUCUGACCCAAUUGAUCAAGGAUGUGAAGGCUAAGAUUCAAAAGAGACAAGGGCAUGCCACGUGGCAACGUGACAAUCCAUUGGCCAAUCAUGCUUAGCUUUGUAGUAUUAUUGAAAUUCUUUUGUCUUUAUUCAAUCAUAUGAAAUUUUGUGGGAUGGUGGGCCCAGAGUUGGGCCGGGGUGUCACAGGUACUCUCAAUUCUGCAAAUUUCCAUGGAAGAUUACAUAAUUAUAAUUUGUCCAUUUCUCUUA